AUGGCCUUAGCCCCUUUCAAGAAGAAAAGCCAUAAAAAUAACCCGGUCCAAGGAAAUCAAUCACCUCGCUCUUAUCCGGCGCCAUUGGCCUCCCAUGAAGAAGUUGUAGCCAACCCUUCUGUUUUCUGGGAUACUCUUCGAAUCUUUCACAAAACUCUUGGUACAAAAUACAUGGUUCCGGUGAUCGGUGGAAAGGAGCUGAAUUUGCAUGUUCUUUACGCGGAGGUUACGAAGAGGGGUGGCUUUGAUAAGGUGGUGGAGCAGAAGAAGUGGAGGGAAGUUUCGGGUGUGUUUGAGUUCGGUCCGACCACGACCAGCGCUUCUUAUGCUUUGAGGAAGCAUUACUUUAACCUGCUUCAUCACUACGAAAUGGUUUACUUCUUCAGGCUCAAGUCUUCCAUGGUUCUCAAUUCUCCAGGUCCUAUGUGCUUUCAAGCUGUGGGAACAAUUGAAGCCAAGUUUGAUUGCGGAUAUUUGGUGUCUGUGAAGCUGGGAUCGGAGACUCUCAGUGGAGUACUUUACCACCCUGUUCCUGAAGGCUCUUCCUCCUCCUCAUUGACACCAAAACCCUCCUUGAACAUCGUGCCAUACGCUGCAGCUGUACCUGAGCCUAGGACAGCUCUUCAUUCUGGUAGGAGGAGACGGAAAAGGAGAGGUGAUCCAGGUCGGCCGAAACCCAACAGGAGCGGCUAUAACUUCUUCUUUGCAGAGAAGCACUCCAUGCUCAAGACUCUUUAUCCUAAUCGAGAGAGGGAGUUCACGAAAAUGAUUGGCCAGUCUUGGAACAAUCUUACCCCCGAGGAACGAAUAGUUUAUCAAAAUUACGGGGUGCAGGACAAAGAAAGAUAUCAGCGGGAAUUGAAGGAGUACAAAGAAAGAAUGAGCGUCAUGAGUCCAUCCUGA